AUGAAUUCGGAUCACACACUUCUAACAAUGUUGCUUUCUGCAAUUGAAUUCGUCAGAGGAGGAACAAAUCCGAGCAAAUUUUAUUCUACGUUUGGAAAUGGCAUGUAUUAUGAUCAAAGUGAUUUUUCUGCUCACAGUAGUUUUUUAAAAUUACGCGAUUAUCUACGAUCAGCCGGUGUUGCAAGAAAUGACUCGCUAAGGAUCAUAUUAAGUAAUGGCAAUAUUCCAGUUGGUCAUUAUGAUCUUAAAUAUCAAUUACAUGCUUAUGAAAAUGUCACUGAACCGCCCAAAACGGGAAAAUUAUGCCACUUAAAAGUCUUCGAGAUUAAGGAACUAAGCAAUAUUUUUAUCGAGGAUUCAGAAAAGCCAGUGAAUCAUAUUUAUUGGAUAUGUCCAUCCUACGCUUGGUGUUGUGGUGCGGAAUGCUGCCAGCAUUACUACAGAGAUCCAUGGCCGUUACUCGGGCCAGAUUUUUAUGAACUAAUUGCUGCGGCAUCAGUUUUUGCUAGUCUGUUGAUCAUUCCUGAACUGUAUCGUCGAUGGCGACAAUGUAAGAUAGACAACGAAUCAGUGCUGACAGUUUCUGAGGAGAAUUCUGCGCAAAUCAUAGAAGAUCCAGAAAAGGCACACUUCAUAGUAUAG